AUGGCGACGACAUUCGAUCUGCUUGAACGCCGCAAGAAAGGAUUCGUCCUCUGGAAUCCAGCCAGUCAGUCCGCGCCGCGACUGAUUCUCGGCACGUUCAAGGCCAAUCCAAGUCCGGGUGCUGUGACCCGUCUGUUCAGCGGCAACCUGUCACAAACACAGAACGGUCUCUGGGAAAUCUCUCUGGAUGCCAUAGACCCACCGCUCGAGAAUGGCAAGGUCUACCAUUACUGGUUCGAGGUGGACAACACCUUCCCUACUCAGACAGGCUCCAAGAUCACUGUGACCGACCCCCUGGCAUACACUGUGGACUACAGGCAGUUCGGUGAUAAAACAAGGGACGAUUCGAUGCAGCCUCCGGCAGUCAUCAAGUUCCGUGAUGGCAAGCUUUGGCCGAGCGAUGUCGAUGGGACAGAGCUGACCCCCAUUGCUGCUCCCGUUCAACCCCAAGUUCCCGCAAACAACCACAUGGUCAUCUACGAGUUGCCAACAUCGUGGGCGAAGUCCGGCCCGAAUGGGAAGCAGGUCGAUCGAGGGACGUUCGCUGACGUCCAAGCUUUGUUCGACAAAGACAGUCCAGGCCUCAAAUUCAGCAGCAUCCCUGCCGUUCAGAAUGAGUCCAUUGUGGCUGAUCUUGGAGUCAAUGCCCUGGAACUCUUGCCCAUCGCAGACUCCAAAUAUCUGGAUCAGUGGGGAUACUCAACUGCUCAUUACUUUGCCCCAGAUGCUGACCUUGGUUCGACUGCGAGCCUCAUUCAACUCAUUCAAACCAUAACUCCUAGUACGAGACUCAUUCUGGACACUGUCAUGGCUUUUGGCCACGACCCCUACAUAUAUGCAGCUUUCAUGCAGUUCCAUCUUGUCGACCUCAAUGUGAACCCAAAUGACCCGCUGGCAAAAUUCGAAGAGCCCAAAAAUCCGGACAGCUAUACGUCCCACAACCAAGGAUCAAGGAACUCGUAUGGAGGCAGUCUCUGGCGGUAUAUCAAGGAUCCCCAGCAGACGUACGAUCCUCAGACAGGUCAAGCGAGUCUGCAGCAUGCGCCGUCGUGGUCUUUCCAUAGGGCUCACCUUCAUCACUGGCUAAGCAACUUCGGUGUCUCUGGGUUCAGACUGGACAGUAUAAAUAAUGUCGCCAACUAUGACUUCAUCAAGUACUAUAAGGACUACGCAUGGCAGUUGCAUCAGGCCAGAGGCGGCUCAACAGACAAGUUUAUCGUGAUUGGAGAAGAGCUGAGUGUGCCUAAAGAUCUUCUCUCCUCUGGCACCCUAAACGCAUUGUGGAACGAACCUUUCCAGGGUCGCCUUCGAGCGGCAAUAAUCGGCCAAGCAGCCGACGGCGACGACUUCGAGUGGACUGUCAGGAAGAUGAUCAACUGCACCUUGGACGGCUACACGGAUGGAGCCCAAGCCGUGAACUACAUCACCUCGCACGACGUCGAAGGGGAACGAAAAGAAAGAUUGUACAACUUCCUGUCCAACUGCAAAGUCUAUGACAUCGAACGACGUGCCAAGCUGGCAUUCGCAUGCUUUCUCACUGCUGUUGGGAUCCCUAUGAUCUUCGCUGGUGAGGAGUUUUGUGACCAGAUGGACCUCGAUAUUUCCCAGAAACAGUCAGAUCCCGUCAACUACGAGCGCAAAAGUGAGGACUGGCGCACCCGAAUCUUCAAUUACGUUGCCACCCUCGUUGACCUGCGCAAAAAUUGCCCUGCUCUUGGCACGGACGACACAUCGUUCAUCCACGUCGACAACAGCCGUGGUGGGAGGAUUAUGGCUUGGGUGCGAGGAACGACCAAUCCAGUCGUCGUCGUCGCCAACUUCACUGAUCAAGAUACUCCGGGGCCUCAGUACUACGUACCGAACUGGCCAGACAGAGAUCGCAAUGACUGGAGAGAGGUCACGCAGAAUCGGGCAGUGCCGACGGCGUGGGUUGGAAAUGAGCCCUUGAUGCACUGGGAGGCAAAGGUUUAUACAUGUUGGAAGCCGGCCGAUGUGAAUGGGCAAGCGAAUGGCGUGAACGGCACACACAGUGGGUGA